AUGAAAGCCAAUGAAUUCGGAGAAGCCGUCGGUGCUAAUUUUAAAUGCAUUUCCGGAUGGCUAGACAGAUUUAAAAAGAGGCAUAAUAUUUGCUUCCGCAAAAUUUGUGGUGAAUCGGCUUCUGUGGGCCAAAGUAUUACAAAUGACUGGCUAUUACAAACCUGGCCUACAAUAAGUAACAAUUAUUCCAUGGACAACGUUUUUAAUGCGGACGAAACGGGAAUUUUCUAUAAGAUGCUGCCUGACAAAACACAUAAGAUCAAAGGUGAAACAUGCAGUGGUGAAAAAAUAUCUAAAGAAAGAAUAACUGCCAUGAUUUGUGCUAAUGCAUCGGGCACGGUAAAACGGAAAUUAUUGGUUAUUGGAAAAUAUAACAACCCCAGAUGCUUUAAAAACGUUAAAACGUUGUCGGUAGAUUAUUGUGCUAACAACAAAUCCUGGAUGACUUCUCAGACCUUUACUGACUAUUUAAAGAAAUGGGAUUGUGAACUUAUAAAAGCCAAGACUAAAAUUUUGCUAUUAGUAGAUAAUUGCCCUGCUCAUCCUCAAGUUCAUCUUCACAACAUUAAACUACAUUUUCUUCCGCCUAAUACUACAUCGGUUCUUCAGCCUAUGGAUCAAGGCGUCAUUAAUAGCUUGAAACAAUCUUAUAGAAAGCAGCUUCUGAUGAAAAUUAUGGACCUUACUGAAGAAGCAAACCCGACAAAAGCUGUGAGUUUUUUAGAUGCUGUCAAUAUGUUAAGUGUUGCAUGGGAAAGUGUCUCUACGGAAACCAUAAGAAACUGUUUUCGACAUGCUGGUCUGGUAAAAGACAUUCCUGAUGGAUUAGAUUUCGACCCGGAGGACGAUGAACCUUUAAGCAAAAUUAUCGAAAUUAAUAACGUAGUGGUUUUAAGCAAGUUUGAUGAAUAUUCAAGGAUUGACGAGAAUAUUAUAGCUACAGAAGAACACUCAGACAAUGACUUAAUUCAAAACUUUCUGCAUGAGCUGCUUGAAGAAGACUCCGGUGAUGAAGAUUUAGCACAGCCCGAAACUAUAAUAAAAAUAGAAGACGCUAUGAAUUAUUCUAGGAAACUGAAGCUACAUAUAUUUUCAACAAAAAGAGAAUAG